AUGUACGUUAUCAGUUGGAUUUUAAUCGUACGAAUUACCGAGCAGAAGAAUAUCUACUUUACACAAUCUAUUUACGAUCUUUGGUGUCAAGAAAAUAUUCUCUCGAAUUCUUUGUUAUUGUAUCCAAACGCAAUUCCGAUCGGAAUUUCGCAUACAUCGAAUAUCAAAUCUGUUCAAUAUGAAUUGAUCGAUAAUCCGCUUUCUGAUCUAUUUUCUGUUCGCACAAAAUUCAUCGGAGACUUCUAUUUUUUCCUUCUCAAUAUUACGCGACCGUUGGAGAUCAAUCGAGAAUAUCAAAAUGUGUACAAUCUUCAUAUUCAAGCGACGAUCAUUACUCUUCAAAGAAACUAUACUGAACAAGUAACAAUUUGCCUUCAUGUUGCCGAUUCGAAUGAUAACGAUGCAGUUUUUGAUUUGGAUGUUUAUUUAAAAGACUUCUCUGAAUCUUUAACAUCUCAUCAAUUGUUAAUUCAAUUCCAUGCCAGUGAUGCUGACGAGAUUCAACAUGGACAAAUCCUUUAUGAACUCUCAUCUUUUCAUCAACUCUUUUCACUUCAUCCAUUGACUGGAGAAUUGUAUUUAUUGUCGACUGAAAACCUCAAUACGACGUAUGAAUUCGAUAUCUAUGCUUACGAUCGACACCGAAGAUAUCUUCUUCAUAAUGACAUGAAAGCGAAAGCACAGGUGAAAUUGUCUAUUCUAUCGAUGAAUACUUCUCAUGAAAUCACCACGAUUUUCAAUGAAACAGUUCGAUUUCACCGAAUUGUUUCAACAUACGAUAUUUCUGUUUUUCAAACAUCGAAUUGGAAUGUCAUGAAUAUCCAUCAGCCGAUUUUAAUCAUCGAAACCUCACCCAAACUCUCAUCAUUCGAAAUAUUCGUAUUAAAAAACUCCUCGACGAAUUCCAUCAAAUUGUUUGUUGAUCAAAACCAAAUCUAUUUGAACGAGAUUUCUUUUCAACAAUACGAUCUUCAUCUACUUCUCUGUUUUUUCCAUCGUGCCGAAUGUCAAUACGUUCAAUAUCGAUUAGCUCCAUCACUUCAUCGAAAUUCGUAUCAAUUCCGUUUCAAAUCGAUGCCAACCGUUGUCCUAACAGAGGAUUUACCAAUACAUUCAUAUAUUACUCAUGUACAAAUCGAACACAAGGAGCGCUUCCCGAUCAAAUACCAUUUAUUGACCCAUCGAGAGCAAUUUCAGUUAAAUCAAACGAGCGGCAUGUUACGUCUUGCUAUGCCAUUGAAAUAUGGGCAAUAUAUUGUUGAAAUCCAAGGCGAGAUUGACUUCUUCGGUGAAUUUCAUUUCGUCAAGACGAUUAUUGAAAUUCGCGUGAAAGAAAUCAAUAAACAUUCUCCACAAUUCUAUGCUCAUCCAUUAACUAAUCUCUUUCAACUGCCGUAUCAAUUGCGAGCGUAUGAUUUGGAUGAAGAUCAAGAAACCAACAGUCGAAUAUCAUAUCGUUUAUCGAAUUGUUUCGAUGACUGUCCAUUUGUAAUCGAUCCGUGCAGUGGUUUGUUGAGAUUUCGGGAGGAGAACGACUUCUCAGCAGAAAAAGAUUAUCAGUUACAAAUAAUCGCAUUCGAUUGGGGACAACCGAGGAGUUUGGAAUCAAGAAUUGAUUUGCGAAUUGAUCUAUCGUCGAAAUUGAUUGUAAAAGUACGGAAUAACCAAUCAAUACCAAACAGAAGCGCAAGUUCUUCAAUCUAUGAAACUAUUUAUCUUGACAUUGGUUUUCCCGAGCACUCAAAAACAUACUAUCUUUCGGAAAAUAUUCCUAUCCAUACAACUAUUGAUCAUCUUUCAAUUGUAUACGACGCUUUUCCUAUAUUUCUCAAUUUAGAAAAAGAAAAUCCGUUUCUCUUCGUCAUUAACGAUACAUCAGUACCGUUCGCUAUUGACUACGAUACGAAAACCAUAGUGUUGAUCGGUGUCCUCGAUCGUGAAAAACAAUCCGAAUAUCAUUUUCAAGUAGAAUUACAGUUAAAGUCGACCUAUACAAUGAAAUUACAACAAACACUCGCAUGGAACAAGCAGAAUAGCUCCGUUCGUUUUAAGUACGCCAAGAAAUUUUAUCAAAAAUUAUUCUUGUCAAUCUACAUUGACGAUGUCAACGACAAUAUUCCUCAAUGUUCUUCAUUCCAUAAUCAUCUUUAUCUGAAAGAAAACCAAAUUCAAUCAAAUAUCUUUCAAGUUGAUGCAUACGAUCCAGACAGAUAUGAGAACGGUACAAUUAGUUAUUCUCUACUUGAUUAUAAAGAAUACUUCACGAUCAAUUCCUCGACUGGACAAAUCAAUUGCGUUCGGGCCAUCGAUCGCGAACAGAUACCUUUUCUGCAUCUACAAAUUCUCGCAUCAGAUCAAGGCCGACGUGUACAAUUGCAAUCCAUUUGUACGACAUUACAUGUGACUAUCAUGGAUGUCAACGACAAUCCUCCGAAAUUUUCAUUAGCGAAUUAUAGUUUUGACAUUUUUUCUGAUUUACCACGCGAAACGAUUGUUGGACAGAUCUAUGCGAUAGAUGCUGAUUCAUCUGCUGAGUUACUCUAUUCGAUUUCUGCCAAUCCGUGGAUUAAAAUAAACCAAGGAACUGGUCAUUUACGAUUGAAAUCCAAUUUACAUCAGUUGACAAAUGAAUUCUUUAAUCUAUCGGCGACGGUCUUCGACGGCAUCCAUGUGAAUCAAACGUGGAUCUCUUUUCGUGUAAAACCUUUUGUGUCAGCUCAACAACCAAUACUUCUCUCCGAACCAGCAUAUAGUGUAGUUAUAAAUCAAUCGAUACCCGUAGGAACGGUUGUGACGAAUGUUUAUCAACGGCUACGAUUGAUAAGUACAUCAAUCGAUUUUAUUGAAAUCAUCCAUGAGGACACAGUUCUGCCAUUUGCUAUCGAUGAACAAGGCUCCAUUCGUUUAACUCAAUCAUUACCGGACACACCCGAUUUAUUCUAUUGGUUAUCAAUUCGUUUAACGCGUUAUUAUGCUCAUCCACCUCACUCUUUCAUUCGAAUUUACAUAUCCGUGAUCGAAGAAAACUUCUUUUUACCUCAAUGCUUGGAAAACUAUCAAUACAUCAAACUCUACGACUAUUCGGUACAAUAUCCAUUUAUCAAUGUUCAAGCCGUAACAUUUUACGAUAGCAUUCCUCUUCAUUAUACUAUUGUGAAUGAUAGUACAAACGAAAAGAUCUUUGUCAUCGAUAAACAGACAGGUUUUAUUCAAUUAUUAUGGCCACAUCAGAAUCUUCGUCGAGCGAAUUCAACUUAUCUGUUAGCAGUACGUGCAUCGGACUAUCAGCAUCAAGUAUCUGUGGAUUGUUACUUGAAAGUCAAACUUGUUCAACGCCUUCAAUUAACACCGAAAUUUAUACAUUCUUCGGUGUAUAAUAUUGAUUUAGUAGAUGCUUCAUCUAGUUCAACACGUAUCCGACAGCGACUGUUCCAAGUUAUUGCUUUAUUGGAUAAUGACAUAUAUGAGAAGAACCUUGAAGUACGCUAUCGAAUAACAGAUACAAAUCACUACUUUGUAAUCAAUCGACAGACUGGUUAUAUCGCCACGAAACAACCAUUGUAUCCUCAUACAACCUACCAUUUUUACGUUGAAGCAUUCACUGUUGCAUAUGAAGACGAUAUCGAAGCAGAUGAAGAUGAGUUGGAAGAUCUCGCUGAUCGUCGAAAAUGGCGUGUUGUUUCAUCACGAGUCACUUUAUCUGUUCAAAUUCGAAUUCGUCCAAUAAAAACUGUUCAAACAAAUUUAUUACCACUGAAUCAGUCAACGAUUCAACUAGUAUUACCAACCACUACGAAAGUCGGAGCGACAGUCAUACAUCUUGGAAUGAACAAUUCUCACACGCAAUGGUUUCUCAUGAUUGGCCAUGUCGAUUAUACACGAUAUUUUCAUGUAGAUUUCCAAACAGGUGAAAUGAUUCUUCUUCGUCCUCUGUCAGAACUAAUCAAUAAAACAUCAAGAAUUGAACUUCAUAUCAACGUCACGACCAAUUGGAUCUAUAUGAAUACUAUCAAAAUCAUUGUCUGUAUUCGUGAUGCUCAACUUCCAGCGAUUCAAUUCUCUCAAACGGAUUACUACAGUUCUGUAUCGAAAAAUCUUCCCACUGGUAUUGAAAUUGCACGGUUAACAAUCGAAAACCCAUUGGAAAACUGUACAUACAAUAUUCAUUCUGUUGAAAAGAUCAAAUCGAAAGAUUUCUUUCGUAUUCAUCCGUUCUUAGGCUCGAUAACCAUUAUUCAGUCAUUAGAAAAUUCAAUUAGCACAGAACAUCAAUUAUCGAUUGUUUAUCAGUGUCCAUUGAUUUCUCAUCUGGCAUUCACACGUUUACAUAUCACUGUACUUGAUCGAGAACGAAUGAGAUAUCAAAACAAUAAUUUGUAUCGAUUCAGCCAUGAAAAUUACUUAGCGAUAUUCGAAACAUCACCGAUAAAUAAUCAAAAGAAAUACUUUCUUACUUUAGAACUAAUCAAUAAUAAGAAUUAUGCGAAAAGAAUCAAACCAGAUGCACAAAUUAUCGAAGGCGAUCCAUUAGGUUUAUUCGGUAUCAAUUCAUCAAAUCAAUCACUAUUCCUUCUUGACGAAUCUCGUGCUCGAUCAUACACUUACCCAUUACGCUUAACUAUCGUCGAUACAUCACAAGCAGAUCUAGUUACAUGUACAGUGACAAUAUUCAUAUCGAAUAUUAACAUUCAAUCUAUUUGUUCGCUCCAUCAACAUCAUUCUCCGUAUCUUUUUCUGUAUAAAUCCAUACCUGAACGUAGUGUUGAUCUAUUCACUGGUCAACAAUACGAUUUGUACAGAUCUCUUAACAUUCAAGGAUUUGAUUCGUUGACAUCUGCGAACAUUGCCGUAUGUUCAAUAGCGUCCGAUGAAAAGAUUUCCUUUAAACCACUUGACUUUUUCUUCGAAGAAGAAUUCUAUUAUGGUUAUAUAAAAAAUCUAUCGAUUGUAUAUUACAACAACGAACCACUUCGCAUCUCGAUCAAAGACGCUCAAUAUUAUCCCAAUCCAUUUGAUAUUACGUACGAAUUUGUUCCUCAGAUGGCGUCAAAUCCAUUUCAUUUUGAUCCUUUUACUGGCUAUAUCAAAUAUCGUCAUUCUAAUCAUUUUUCAAACGACUAUUCAUUACUUCUUCAAGCAAAAUAUCAAUCGUUACUAACAUUUACUCGUUUGAAUAUUUUGAUUCAUUCAGAUCGUCAAGCUCUAUAUGAAUUCGAACUAUUUCAACCAUUGGUGAACAACUAUACAAUUGGUUAUCUGAAUGAGAUCGAUUCGAAUCUGAAAGUUCUCGAUAGAAAUUUCUCGUCAGUAUUUUCCAUUGAUCUUAAUCAACGGUUAUUCAUUAAGGAUGCGUCUCUCCUCGAAACUCAAGUGAACUUAUACGAAUUUCGCAUUGAAACAGCUCGGAUUCGAAUAAACAUUCGGUCAAAAGAGAUAGUUCAAUGUUUCUUGACUCGGAUAGAUUCUUCAACCACAAAUAAUCUAAUUGGCUAUAUCGAAAUCUUGAAUGGCAAGUCCAAGCAUUUGUUUCACCUUUUGAAUUACAAUCAUUUAUUUCAACUCGAUCACGAAUAUGGUUUGCUAAGUUAUCGAAGUUCAAAUUCCAUCAUCGGAGAUGAUUUGGUAUUGUUAAUUGAUGUUGAAAAUGCACGAUGUUUAAUGGCAUUGAAUCAGUCAUCGAUAAGAACUUCUUCUAUCGUCAGACGGAAUGACAAUUUGAAUAUAGAUAAUCCCAAAGAUAUGAAUAAGGCUUACGACAAAAUCAAAUUGCACAAAGAUCUUUCCAUUCUCAACAAUAUAAUUCCGAGAUUUUCUCAGAGAUUAUACAUAUUCUCUCUGAAGUUUCCAAAUCGCGUCAAUCAGAUGACUUUUAUCGGUCAAGUAUUUGCUCAAUCCUACAAUCAAAACCGUCUGAUCUACCAUUUUCUUUUUCCAAUGAAAUAUUUUCAUAUAAAUCCGGAUAACGGUACUAUUUACUAUAUUCCAAGUCAAUUUUACAAUCAAACACGUGAGCAAUUUCAAGUCGUUGCUCGCGAUUUGGUCUCUCAACAAAAAGCAUUUACCAACAUCACAAUUCAAGUGCUUCAUUCAGAGAUAUCCACACUGUCCUCUUCCAUUUAUCAUCAAACAAUAUCAGAAAUUCUUCCACCGGGCUCGAUCGUGUUUCAACCUGAAAGUUUCCAUACAGAAAAUCUCCAGUACUCUCUGUUUGACUAUGAUUCAAACUUAUUCGAAAUUAAUUCGAACACUGGUCAAGUUAGUCUCCUCAAUCAUUUCUCACAAUUAUUCUAUUCAUUUAAAAUUCGUAUAUCGCCAUCAAACCAGAUCUUGAUCAUUAAGUUAACUAUUCUUGAUUACAACAAUCACCCUCCAAUCUUCUUGAAUCUUCCGCUUAAUCUGACUAUAUCAUCCGAUGACGUUUUCAUCACAAAAUUAUUCGCUCAUGACUUAGAUCUACUCGACAACACUAAUCUUACUUACUACCUUCUUGAUAAAAACCAACAAAAAUUCGUUUCUAUCGAGCCGGCAACCGGUAUUAUCACACUGAGCAAUCCAAUCGAUCAAACCCUCAUCAAUUUAAAAGUUGCAGUUAGUGAUGGUUGGCAUCUGACUACAAAACUUCUUCCAAUUGUUGUAUAUAACUAUUCUAAAACACCACCAAGAUUCUCUGUUGAUGAAUAUGCAUUCCCGUAUAAGAAAAUUCUCGGACAAAUCAAUGCCUAUGACUCCGAUCCGAAUGAUCGAAUCAUCUAUCAGCUGCAUCUGGAACCUGAUGGUAUUGAAAUCGAUCGAUAUUCGGGUUUAAUCACGAGUUACAAAACGUUUUUCUCGCCAACGAUAGAGUUCUUCGCAUCUGCACGCGAUCGUGCUCAUCAGAUUACUUACACAAAAAUUAAAGUUCACUUCCCGAUACAACCGCGAUUUACAUCGUAUUUGUAUUAUAUUCCGUUGGUUUCUCCGAUUAGAAUUCCAUCCGAGAUCUUCCAUUUUCAUCUGGUGGAUUUGUUUAAUCAACCGUUAUCAUCCAGUCGAUUCGAAAUUGACCAUCCGACGAAUUUACUGGAAAUAAAUCAAAAUAAAUUGAUCCUCAAACAGUAUUUACAUCCGUCGAAAAUCUAUCAGUUCGAUAUCAACGGUUAUUGGAAAAACUUCACGUGUCAAACAACAAUUCAAAUAAUUUUCAUCGAGAAAAAUAUGAAACUAAAUAAAAAAUCUUACGAAUAUCAACUUGAAACCGAAAGUUUAAGAAAUACUCAUCUCAUCGAAAACUUUUCUGACACGAAUUGUUCUGUGAAAAUCCUUCCGACGCCAUUAACCAUCAACAACUGUACGAAUAAUUUCUAUCUCAAUCAACAACAGUUGUACUUCUCCACUCGGCCGAUUUUAUCAAGUAUAUGUUUCUUUGAAUUACACUUCACCAAUGAGAAACUAACAUUUACCAGUCAAAUGAAAAUCUCAUUCCUUCCACCAGUUACUAAACCGAAGUUCUCAUCGAGUGUUUACUAUUUCUACAAUAGAAAUGUUCAAGUUUUCGCAAAAAAUUCCAAUACAAUUCGAUAUAAACUACAAGCAAAUCCGUUUGGUUUAUUGAUCAAUCAAACUACUGGAGUCAUUUCAUUUAAAUAUGCUUCGAAUAAACUUGAUGAGAUCAACUAUAUUCAAUUAACGGUUUAUGCCAUUGAUGAAAAAACCAAUUUGAAUGAUACAGCAAUCGUUCAUAUCAUCUUGAAUAGAAGAGCAGCGCUUGAAAUACCAGAUCAUAUUCCAGCGUGUUCGAAUGCAUCGAUAUUAAUCUCCGAUCAAAGUUUAGCAGGUACGAUCAUUCGAGAUAUUUCUUUAACAAAGAAUGAUACUAAUCAUUAUUAUAUUCUCUCCGGAGAUAAAUAUGGCAUGUUUUCGAUAAAUUCUUUUGGUCAACUUUACUUGGUUUCAUCGUUGCUCAAUCAAACGGUUGAAGAAUACUUUUCGUUAAUGAUUCUGAUAUCGUCCGAACCAUUAUCUUAUUGUCAUAUGAAUAUUUCGAUAAAUCGAACACCAAAAUGGUCAUAUUUCAUCUGUCCAUCUAUGCCAAUAGAAUGGACAGUGAUCGAAGAGUCGCCAUUGAACACCAAGAUCGGCAAUAUCAAAGAUGUUCUUGCAACCAUAAACAAUCAUUCUGAUCUGAUCCAACUAGUUACCAUGAUGUUGGAUCCUACUGACGAUGAUUCACGGCGAUUUCAUUUAGAUUUCACUACAGGAUCUCUCACUAGCACAUCUCGACUCGAUUACGAAGAAAAAGUUUCCUAUGCAUUUUCAGUUCUUCUCCAACUGACUCAAUUGAAUUGCUCAUUACCAUUAAAGAUUCAUCUAAUCAAUAUCGAAGAUAAUCCGAUAUCUUUCGAUCAAAAGUCUUUAGCUUAUACCAUCGAUGAACAUCAUCCAAUUCCUUUCUACAUCGGUCGUAUUGAACUGAUCGAUCUCGAUCAUUUGUCAUUUUUUCAAUAUAAAUACUAUCUUCACAACUCGACAUCACAAAUCGCGAUUGAUCCCAUGACUGGAUCGAUUAUUUUAUUAACUGAACUUGAUCGUGAAGUACACGGUGAAAUACUCCAGUAUGAAAUCGUCGCCCUAAAUGAUUUCAAUCAGAAGAAUCUCAUUGAUUCUUUGAUUAUAACUAUCAACGACUUAAAUGAUCAUGGUCCUUCAUUCAAAGAAGAUUCUUAUCAUUUCUAUGUAAACAAAUCAACUCGUCCGAGAACGUUUCUUGCUCAACUCAAUGCAACAAGUCUCGAUCCGGUCAAUAACGGACGUAUCAGUUAUUAUUUACUGAAUUCUUCUUCGAUGUUUUCGAUUGAAAAAGAUACAGGAAGAUUGUAUUUAGAUGAAUAUCUUCCAUCAACUGAAACAAAUUUAACCUUCGGAAUCGAAGCGAUCGAAGAAGAAAUCAAUUUAACUGAUCUACGAAAUAUUUCCAUCACUAUUAUUAACGAUGAUUAUAUUUAUUAUCACUUAGAGCGUAUUCAUCAAUGUUUUCUCGAAGAAAACCAGCCGUAUAGCACAAACAUAUGUACUAUCGGAAAAUCUUCGAAGAAUUUUGUUUAUCAAUUGAAUAAUUCGAUGAAUAAUUCAUUUGAUAUUCUAUCAACUGAUGGAACGAUUCUCACACGGAAGAUAUUUGAUUACGAACGUGAUGAACACGAGUACAAUUUGACAAUACUCGUGCGAGAUCGAGACAAUCAGUCCAUUUUAUUAUCCUCAUUGGAUUUGACGGUGUACAUACAUAAUUUGAACGAUAAUCCACCUGAAUUCUUAGUCGACAACUUUACCACAUUGUUCUUUUUGUAUUCUCCAUCGAUAAAUCAAAUUCUUUAUACUAUCGAAGCGAUGGAUAAAGAUCACUCGCCAUUGACUUUUGAAAUUUUGAAUAAUCCUCUAUCAAUCUACAUGCUUCAUUCCUCAUCGUACUCAACUGAACUUCUUCUCCAAAAAUCGACCAUCAACAAUCAAGAAGAUCAUCUAAUCAUUCGCGUUUCCGAUGAACAUCAUCUCUUUUCCGAUUUACAUCUCCAUUUGAUUUACUAUCAACAUCGAAUCGACUAUCCGAAACUGUUCUCCCAAACAAUCGAUGGUUAUAUCAAUCUCCAUCCAUAUCCAUCACAUAUCAAACUUGGACAAUUAUUCGUCGAGAAUCAAUCUCAAUAUAAAAAUCUGAACUUCCAUCUCGUACCACACCAGUCGUUUUUUCUCGAACAAAUCUCGAACAACCAAACCGAACUGUAUUACAAACCUGUCAAUCGCACGUCAUCGGUAACGUUUGAACUGCGUCUCAUUCCUUUCGCUCCAUCGACACCAGUACAUCCGAUAAUCCUGAAUAAUAAAACAAAACUCUUCUUUCCACCGAUGAUUUCACCUCAAACGAUUCAUAUUCAGCUCUGGCCUAUUAGCACUGAAAUGCUCAAUCGAACAGUAUCGUUAAUAACCAAAUCAGAUCCAAAUAUCACACGUGAACAUUUCCUUAUUUAUCAUUUGCCAUCCAUUCGUCAAAGUCUAGCAGAAAUUCUUAGCGUACAAGCUCAGCAUGUUCAUAUUUAUACACAUCAUUUUCGAAUCAAUCAAGUUGAGAUACUUCUUGCAGUGUCACGUUCAACUUUAUCUCGAUACAUUCAUCGGAAAAUUCUCUACAAUAUCUUGAAAAAUGCGACGCAUCUCUUCGAAAAGCUCAUUCUCAACCAAUGUCAAACAAAUCCAUGUGAAAACAAUGCACACUGUAUCAGUCAUAUUAAACUCUUUGAAAAUCAAUAUGAUUAUCUCUUUUCGAAUGUACAUCAACAUUUAAUACCGAAUUAUGAGCGAACCAAUGAAUGUCUGUGUCCGAACAAUUAUUACGGAUCGUUUUGUCAGUUUAAACAAGACAAACAAACACCCUGUUCGUCAAAUCCUUGUUUAACGAUGGAAAGAUGCAUCGAACAUAGUUCAACUCUAUACACAUGUCAAUGUAUGGAUGACUCAUGCAAUUAUGAAUAUGACACUAUGGAAAGUUCGUUGGAAUGCCUGAAUACAAACUCACCAACAUGUCGAGACUCAAUGAAUGCUCUGACGUUCGACGGUUUUGCUUCUAUUCGAAUGAAUCUAACAAUCAGCUCGAUGCAACAUCUAAAUAUAGCAUUAAGUUUCCGAACAGAAUCCAUACAAGGCAAACUAUUGACGAUCAUCUACACCGAUAGGAUUGGUGUGCAUUCAUUAACUAUACAGAUCAUUGAUGGUUAUAUACAAUUCAAAUUAGAUGACACAAAUUUGCUCGAACUAAAUCAAAUAUCGAUUCAUGAUGGUCAAUGGCAUGACUUGUAUUUGUCGACUGACUAUGCUUACGAUUAUUAUUAUUAUCUUCUCCGACUUGAUCAUGUUUUCAGUAAGAAAAUCAAUCGAUUUCAAAAGAUUGAUCUAGCAAAUCUAACACAAUUGAUUAUGGGUUCGGAUUUUGAUGGUUGUAUCGGGAAUUUUUCAUUCAAUAAUCGAAUGAUCUCGUUCCGAAACGAUAAUCUCGAUGCUUCAAUUGAGUUUAUUGGUACACAAAGUAAUUGUCAAUUCGCGGAGGUCAUUCGUGAAUACUUUGAUUACGAAGAUAUCUGUUCGUCGUACCGUCCCUGUUACUAUGGAAAUAUGUGUACCAACUAUGGGUUAAGUUUUGUUUGUAACUGUACAAACAGACGCUUUACCGGUCGGCAAUGUGAAAUUGACCUACAUCCGUGUGAAAGUCAUCCAUGUCGAUUCAACGAAGAAUGCUUUCCGUUUGCAUCUCCGAAGUCCAAUCAAUCGUAUACAUGUAUUCCAACAUUCGUCUCUUUGUCAUUAGUCAUGAAACGAUCGAUCUAUGUUGCUCUGAUCAUUCUAGUCGUUCUCUGCGUUCUAUUGAUCUUUAUGAUUAUUUAUUGCAAGAAACGACAAGACAAUAACAAUCAAAGGAAUCUUUCGGUAUCGUCACCCUUGUUAAUCCAUAAAUCAUCAAUAGGAAUCGAUCAAAUGGAAAAUCAAACGCAGACGUUAACUAAAUCCGAUGGUAAUAAAAGAGCACAGGCAAUGAAAACGAUGACAUUGAUGGACAAUUCUCUGAUCAGUAGAACUCAUCGAUCGAACGAUUGCAUCCAUCAUUCUCGCAAUACCGAUUCAAAGUAUUAUUCAAGUAUUGAACAAGUCAAUAUCAUACCAGAGAAUCAGCAUGAUCAUUAUACUUCUAUCGACUACGAUGCUGUCAAUAACGUGCAACCCAUCGACAUAUUUGAUCUUUCAUCGUCGCCGACACAAUACUUCAAUAUUCAUAAUUCAGACAGUCAAAUUAACUAUCGUAUUCGUAUGAAUACUCUUUCGGAUUUGACAGAGAAUUUUCUUGAACAAAACGAUAUGAAUCUAACUGACUCAUCCCAUUUCUCAUCGGACAAUGAUCACGUUCAGUCGAAACCGUUGAUAUCCAUUCGAAAUGGCAAACAUGUAUUUGCUUUUCAUCAUCAUCAUAUGCCAACGUCGGCAAUGUCCUUGUCAGAAGUACCUGUUUAUGCGAGAAUCGUUCGAACACCGAAAGCGAUCGACAGUGAUAUGAUUAAUCCUCUGACAUCCGCUCCGACAUUAUUUAUCAAGCCGAUCAAAAAUGCAAAUGAUAUUCCGGGAAAUUUCGGGUAUCGUACGACGACGGACCGUUUUAAACAUGAUAGUGGUCCUGAUCUCUAUCAAGAUGAUCAGUCAAGUGAAUCAUCUGCAUUUUUUCAAACUGAUGUUUAA